CUCAGCCUUACAGCGAGCUCGAGCGGUCGAGCCCGUCGUCACCGGAAACAAAGCCAAGCGCCACCGCCUACCGGAAUUUCCACCGCAUAAACCGAUAACCCGUCGAAUGAAAAGCAAAAAGGAGAAGUUGGCAGCUUAAUUCUCCGUUUCUGUUAUGGCCGCAGCAUCGUCGCCUGCCUUAAGCAACCCCAACGCGGAUUCCCCCGCCGCCGUCUCCACCCCUCCUCCGACCACCAACGCCUCGAAGAAUCUACGAGGGCUUAACAAACCUAAGUGCAUCAAGUGUGGCAACGUCGCUCGAUCUAGGUGCCCAUACCAGUCAUGCAAAAGCUGCUGUGCAAAAGCUCAGAAUCCCUGUCACAUACAUGUUCUUAAAGGUCAAUCAAAUCUUCUAGAUAAGGCACUGUCUUCAGGCUCUCCUAUAGUAGACCAACAAUCCACUGAGGCAUCUCACCCCGGGGCCUCACACAGACCUGCUUCUUUUCGUCAGCUUUCAACAAAUUUUGCUCAGUUUAAUAAUUUGCAAACCCCACUCAGAAGGAAGCCACUAACAAGAAAGGAUGCACAAGUUAUAAACGAAUGGAGAUUUUUAAAGUUGAAGGAAUUUAGGGACAACAACAUUGAAAUUGAAAACGAGGCGUUUGAUCGCUACAUGCAAAAUGUUUUUCUGUUAGAGGAGGCAUUUGGGGUGAAUUCCGAACAAGAUGGGCAGGCCGAGGACGGAUCUUCCUCAGAAAAUCCCAAACCAGCCACCGAAGAGGCGGUGAGUAUGGAAGCAAUGGUAGCCGGGUUUAAGUUGCAGCUCAGAUCAGAUCCGGUUAGAAUCGAGAAUACUAGGAAGAGGAUGCAAUACAUAGUCGAUCAGGGGCUAAAGAAGCUUAGGAAGCUGGAACUCGAUGAAGUCACCGGUGAUCUCAGUCAACCCGAAAACCCGGAGACAUUCAAGUCGCCACAAGCCGAGUGGACUUCGGCCUUGGGUGACCUGAUUGACAAGAUGAACAAAGCCCGGAACGAGGAAGAUUUAAAAGCUUGCUGGGAGAUGAAAACCGAGCUGUUUAACAGACACAAGGAGAAACAGGAAAGCUCUGAGUGCGUCGAAGCUUCCAAGGAUCCAUGUCUGCCAAUUCCCCAAACUGGCAUAUCCCUGAGAGGAGAGUCGAGCUAUUCUCCACCAAAAUGGUUUAGCACAACCGCCAUUGAUGACGAGGAGUUGUGCCAGAUUAGUGCACAGUUUGAUUCACUUGAGGACAUAGAAGACUUAUAAACUUAAAAACAAUAAGCAUCUAGUUCUUGUAAUUGCUGUGCAGCUUACGUCGACGAAUUGGUUUUAGGUAGAAUUGAAGAACUGUGUAGGUUUCAAUUUCUUAUACGUUGGAUGUUGGUAAUAUUCUUAUUACAAUGUCGACUAAACUAGAAGCUUAAUUAGGCCCUUAGCUAGAGAUUUUGAAGAGGUGGAUUUUAUUCA